CAAAAACGCUGAGGCAAAACAAGGUUGCCUAGGCCCCGUAGCGCUCUAACAUAUAGAGCACUGCGGCCCAGGGAUCAAUAUUCGAGGGCUGCGACCACAACCAGCCCUUUGCGACCGCUCCAACACGUGAGGGCACGCCGUAGGGCAGAAUCCUCAAGUUCAGAGAUUGCCACGGAGAUUUAGCCACGGAGACGCAAUGAAAGGGCUCGUCGCCCUCUGUUGCGCGGCCUACGCCGCCGCGCUGUCCGCGCCCGCGAGCAAGCCCAUGCCGCCGGCCCGCGCCGAACCGCCGCCCACGAAGGAAACGUACGAGUUCAGCUACAGCGGCGCGAGCGAGCGGCGCGCGGCCGCCGAGGCGCAGAUGCGGUCGCGCAUGCGGCGGCUCGGCCGCGCCGCGGGGCCCAAGAUUGUGUUACUGGGCAAGCCGGCGUCGGGCAAGGGGACGCUGGCGCCGAUGCUCAGCUGCGCCUACCGGUCAGCGCGAGUGGGCCUUGGAAGUCUGCUAAGAGCACGACUGCGGGCCGAGAGCGACGGGCAAGUCCGGGCGGCGCUGCAGUCCGGGAAGCUGUUGAGCGACGAGGACGCCAUGGACAUUGUGCAAGAGAGGUUAGAAAGGGAGGACGCGGUGGAAGGAGGUUGGUUGUUGGAUGGGUUUCCCCGGACGGCCGGACAAGCUAGAUUGCUCCUAGAAGGACCGCUGAAGCCGGACGCCGUGGUCGUCUUGGAUCGGCCCGACGAUCUGGCCGUGGCGUUCUGUCUCGGGCGGUGCGAGGACUCGGCGACGGGUGCCGUGUACCAUCCUCGGUUCGCGCCGCCGCCCGACGACGUCCGGCAUCGACUCGUGUGGCGCACGGACGACACGGAGGAGGUCGUCAAAAAGAGGCUCGCCAAGCACGCCCAGGAAUGCAACGCGGUGCUGGCUACUUUUGAAGAAGCGGGCGUGCCCGUCAAAGUCGUCGACAACGCACGCUCAGAGUUGGAGACCUUCGCGGACUGCUGCAGUUUCGUCGACGAGGUCGAGGCUUCCAUGAGGGGGCUUAAAGCAAGGAGAGAGCGCAAGCAGAAACGCCGAGACAAAUUAGCGGCGCCCUGGCGCUUGAUGGAAGCUACAAGAAGGGUUGAAACGGCGGCUGUGGAGCAGAGACCGGAGCCCAAGCCGGCGUCGGGCGGCUCGGCGACGGAGGAGGACGUGGAAGCUUUAUGUUACGUGGACGAGACGGCGGAGCAGUGCGCGGCGCGCAACGAGGAGUUGCGGGGUCUGCGGGCGGUUGUUAGAAGAUGCAACACCUACGAUCCGGCUCGAUUCGCGCCGGUGUUGGUCGAGGGCGAGCAGGUCGGGUUUGUCGCCGCGCAGCUAUUGAACAAGUUACGGGGGCCGGGCCUGUCGGCGGCCGUCGAGGUCGGGCCGAACCCGCUGCCGCACGUCGUGCGGCGCCGCGACGAUGAACUGGAUGAGGAGGUCAUCGAGGACGACGACGUGUCGGCGCUGGCCGCGACGCUGGCGCCGCACGCUCAUUCAGUAGCGGAGCGCACGCGCGUCGUCCAGGCUCUCGUGGACGCUUUAGUGGCAGAUUCAGAGCUACUAUUAGCGAGGCCGGACCAGGGCACGGAGGUGGCAUUUGUUCCUAGAUCAAAAUUGCGGGACGAGCUCCAGGACGUGCGGGCGCUCGGCGCGCCCCUGAACUCGCCGCCAUUGUUACGAAUUGAGAGAGCAGCGGUGGUCUCCUUCGGCGUGCCCUCCUACGGCUGCCACGUGAACGGCUUCACGCGCAAAAAUGGUGACGUCUACAUCUGGCUGGCGAAGCGGGCCCUGUCGAAGCCGACGUACCCCGGGCUGCUGGACCAGAUCGCCGCGGGCGGGCUGCCCGCGAAGACGAGUCUGCUGGAGAAUGCGAAAAGAGAGGCCGCCGAGGAAGCCAGCAUCCCGCGCGACAUUUUGGAUGGGAACCUGCGGGCGGCGGGCUGCGUGUCGUACCGGUACGCCGCGCGGCGCGGCCUCUCCACCAAAACCCUGGCGGUGUUUGAUCUCGAGCUUCCGGAAGAUCUGGUCCCGAUCAACGGCGACGGCGAGGUCGACGCCUUCAUGCUCAUGAAGGCCGAGGACGCCGUCGAGAGCCUGCGGAGCCGGCUCUACGAGUGGAAGCCGAACUCGGCUCUCGUGAUGCUUGAUUUUGCCAUGAGAUGGGGCUACAUACCGCCGGACGACCCGGACUACAUUUCAGUGAGUCAUGAUCUUCGGAGCUACUCGGCGUCGUCGAGAUCGUCAGUAUGGAGUAAAUAGUUGUU